AUGGCAUCAGAUAGUAAUUUCGUACAAGCAACAAUUUCUCGCUUUGAUGAUCACUAUGACUAUUGGAGCAUGCUGAUGGAGAAUUUCUUACGGUCAAAGGAGUAUUGGCCAAUUGUGGAGGAUGACAUCAAUACUCCGGCAGUAGGCAAAAUUUUGACGAAUACUCAAAAAACAGAGUUGGAAGCGAAAAAAUUGAAAGAUUUGAAAGCGAAGAAUUAUCUCUUUCUGGCUAUCGAUCGUCCCAUCCUAGAAACUAUUCUUUGCAAAGAAACUUCUAAGGAUAUUUGGGACUCCAUGAAAAAGAAAUAUCAAGGCACUACUAGAGUGAAGCGUGCACAGCUUCAAGCCUUAAGAAGGGAUUUUGAGACUCUGCAGAUGAAGGAAGGAGAGUCUGUAAUAAGUUAUUACGCUAGAACAAUGGAGAUCAGCAACAAAAUGCGAUUUUAUGGCGAGAAGAUGACUGAUGUCACAAUUGUUGAGAAAAUAUUGUGCUCUUUGACGUCGAAGUAUGAUUAUGUGGUUUGCUCCAUUGAGGAAUCAAAAGAUAUAGAUGAGUUAUUGUUGGAUGAAUUACAAAGCUCCCUAUUAGUACAUGAACAGAAGAUGAAUCCUUAUUGGUGCAUGAACAGAAGAUGA